CUCCCAACACACAAAAAAGACUGAACCCAACGCCACAGCUCCAGCCUCCGAUCCGCCGCCGCCGCGACGAUGGCCGACCUGGCGGCGCUCACUGACGACGUACUGGCGGAGAUCCUCCUCCGCGUGACGUCUCUGCGGGAUCUCGCGCGCGCCUCGGCGUCCUGUGCCUCCUUCCACCGCGUCGCCUCCUCCCCACGCUUCCUCCGCCGCUUCCGCGCCUUCCACCCGCCGCCCCCUCUCGGCGUCUUCUGCUGCUACCCCGACGGCGGCGGCGGCUCCCAGUUCCACCCGGCACUGUCGCUGCACCCCUCGGCGCCCGCCGCCCUCGCGCUCGCCCGCGCCGCCGACUUCUCCUUCACCUUCCUCCCGCCGCCCUCCCGCUCCUGGCUCGUCCGCGACAGCCUCGACGGCCGCUUCCUCCUCGACCGCGCCGCGCUGGCUGGCGGUUCUAAUGCCUUCACCGAGGUCGCCGUCUGCGACCCCCUGUUCCGGCGGUACCGCCUUCUCCCACCCAUCCCCGACGAACUCGCCGCCUCCGUGGAAAACCCCUACGUACAGCGCGGUGGCGAUGGUGAUUUGCAAUCACGCAGCAGUGAGAUUUUCCUGGCUUCUCGUGGUGAUGACGGUGUCAACGAGGAGGACCCGGCGUUCACCGUGAUCUGGAUGGCGUGCUGCCGAGGGAAGCUGGUCGCGUUCUAUUUCAAAUCCGAGUCCCAGCAAUGGCGUACGCUUUCACCUCCCGAACACUACGCGUUGAGUACCAGAAGAGUCAUGGGAGUUCGACUUGGACAACGCAACCAUGCCCACGGGUGCUUCUACUGGAUGGUAGCUCUCACACAUAGGUGGCUUGUGUUGGACACACGCAGAAUGGAGUUCUCCAUUGUGGACAUCUCGCUGGUCCUGUCGGGACGAGCCAUGAUGUUCAGUAAUCAGAUUACCACUCUGGAGUCAAGAGAUGGCAGGACAACCGUUGUUGUCUCCGAUGUUUUUCGGUCAGAUAAAAGAUGUGUCCUAUAUUUUUAUGCAUUCAUGUAUUUCAGUGACCGGUGGCAGCUUCUGAAUAGAAUCACCUUGCCUGAGGAAUGGGGAUAUCGAUUCAGAGGCAUCAUAGGUGCAGCCGAGGGGUACUUAUUUUUAAAGCUAGAUCACCCUAAGGAGAACCUGGAUGAUCAGGUUGAGCGAAAUGUUGAAUAUUUUUGGCUUGAUGUCAAGACAAUGCAACUUGGGAGUUUCUGUCGGACAAGCUCUCUCACUGUCAACGAAGCCUACCUUUACUGUGCUUUUCCUCCAUCAUUGUCUCUACCUUGUAUAUGAUGUGAUAAGCUACAGUCCUAGCUUAGUUAUGUCAUUUAUAUGGUGUUGUUAUUGAUGUCAUGUUAGUUAUCAUUUGGUAGUAUGCUUAUGUUGCUUAAAUUGUUGUUUUUAGUCACUAAUCAGAAUCAGUAUAUAUACUUUUUAAGGCCUUGCAUCGUUUUUACUGAAAUUGAUAUUUGAGGACAAUACUCAGUUAUUAUUUAUUCUUAUUCCAAUGAUUGCUUACUUCUGCAUCUAUAUUCUCAAAGUCAACUAGGAAUUGAGCCCUGGUUUAUUUUUUUAUGUUUCCAAUGAUUGUUCUCGUCUCUUAUUAGCAUGGAAGAAUCAAUUGUACUUGGAGGCUUGUGCGCAGUGUGAUGUCUUGGAACUUGGAAGUAAAUUUACCUUGGACUAAAGUAGAUUUAUGGAUGACCUAAUGCCUUUUAGUAAGUGCAGAACAGUUUAAGGGGGUCUUUUCAUUUUUCCAUGCUUGGAGUUGCCUUGCAAAGCACAUUCUUGUUUCCAAUGGAAUAUUAGAAUGGGAAAAACAUCUUUUUCAACUAAAACCGUGCCAAAUUUCUUUACGGCACGACAUCAUGACACUCGUUAUUAUCAAAGCAGAACUAAGGUAUACUCUGCGCAUAUGAGUUUCUUUCGAAUUCUUUGUAACUUAUUAACUUCUUUGAUUGACAAUAUUUUAAUCUCAUGCUCAUUGGUGCACUGUAUUCCAACUCUAAGCAGUGAAAUAAUGCUGUAAACUUGUCUGUAGGCCUUCCAAGUCUUCAAGCUCUGUGAAUGGGGCAUGGAUUACUACAAGCGUAUCCUUCUCAGAUAAAAAUAAUAUUGGAGUGGUUGCUGGUUCAGAUAUGUUUUCAAUUCACUUUUGGAUUCUCUCUUUUAUAAGAGAAGUUUUUGAACUAUUUAACCAUGGAGCUUGCAGUCAUAGCUAGUGUCAUGUGGGGCCUCACAUGCAACAGGAGGAGGCCCAGUGCAGUGGCACAGCCCAGGAGGAUAGAUAUAAGAUGAGAGCAAUUAGUUCAGUUUGUUAAGGGCCAGUCUAAGCUCUAUAUAAAGAGUAAUCGGCAGCCAGUUGAAAUUAAUCAAUAGAUCAAUCUAUUACACAAGUCUCCCUCUCUGUCCCCUGCCUUGCCAGUGCGGUAACCGACCAUGGUUCCUCAGCUGCACCGACUAGGUCCAGAGUCUUGUCCAGAUACCUCUCACGACUACCAUCAGUGAUCCAAUCCACCCACAAACAGACUUGCAUGUGACAAGCUAGUUCAUGUACCGCAAAACUGUAAAACAUUCCAUUUGGCAUGUAAUCCUACAUCCUACGCCAAAUGAGUAAAGUACUUUUGCGGGGCAAAAUUGAUAGAAACUUAAACAGACGUGAGCUUAAAAACCUUUAGCACCAUUAAAUGCCCUUAGGUAACCUGGAGCGGUAUUUCCUGCUGUCCCUUUCCACCAUGAGGAAUUUGUUUACUUGUUCGAAGGUGAGGUCGUCAUUAAGAAUCCUUGUGAUGCCAGAAUGUACCAGGUGAACAGCUAUGUCGCAUCCAGAAGAAUGUUGCUUGGUUUAAGAUUGCAACUGUAAUGUCACCAUUGUGAUGGGGUACUAAAGUGCAAAAGUCAUUUCAAUUGCAAUAUGAACUCUUUGGAGGGGUUUCCAA